AUGAUAAUGGAUGCCGAUAUGCUGUACACCAAAUCGCGCUUGAAAGCGCUGCUGACUUCUCGACGAUGUUUCGAGGAUACUGAUUGCCAUUUUUUCGAUUGUCACGCCAAAUGCAUCAACGAAACGGGUUUUUGCACUGGUCGCAUAAAUACCAACGUUGAGGUUUUUUGUGAUAAACUCAUUUAUCAACUGUUUGGUACGUUUUGGACGAAGUCAAAUCGUUAUCUUGCUGCAUGUUACGAUAAGGCGGUACCAUUUGAGAAAAGAAUGGCUGAUCUGAGAUUGGCAUGGACAUGGAAUUUGUCGGAUGUGUAG